CGCGCUGGCAACUCGCCCACAGCGAUGUCCAUGUAUACUUUGUUUUAUAUCUAUCCGCCUGUUUGAGUGUGGGCUCUUAACACCGGCUGUCAUCUCCUCCAAAACGUUCGAGAAAAGUCACACUUUUUUUUUUUUUUUUUUUACCUGCCGAGCACAUUUGUUAUGUUUUGUUUUUCAUUUGUGUCGUUAUUUUAUGAUGAUAAUUAUGAUUUAUGAUACGCCACAACUGCCAUGUUUCCGAUGGUACGCACAGGAGAAGGACUGAGAAUAAUAAGAGGAGGGGUGUGUGCUUCAACGAGAAGGACAAAUUGAAUUGUGAAUAAUUUGGAAGUUGCUGCAGACGUUUAGCGCGAGACACGAAGAGGGAUACUCGCUGGACUGGAACUGGAAGGAAGCAUCAUGUCUGCCUCGCAGCUUCUGCUACUGUUUUGUCUUCCCUUGGCAAAUUGUUUGACGUGUUAUACUUGUGUAUUUCCCGCCAUUUCUCCUCUGGACUGCCUUGAGUUUCCCGAGAAGUGCACUGAUGGACAUCGCUGCCUGUCCAGCGUUGCAACAGCAAAACGAGGUGCACUUCAAAUAACCAUGUACGAAAAGAGCUGUGCCGCUCCCUCCCAGUGUGGUGUGAGCGGGCAGAAAUACACCAGCGGCCUUUAUUUCAACUUCACCAACGUGUGCUGCAACACAGACCUCUGUAACGGGGCGUCAUCUCUCGGUGCCACCAAGUGGGGAGGAGCGGCGCUCUGCCUGCUACUUGCACUCAGCCUCCUGCUGGCCUGAGAGCUGAAACUGUAUGAUAUGCUGUGGUACGCUCCUGUAAUCCAAUAGCAUCUGAAAAUGACCAGAAAAGGAAAAACAAAGACUACCAAACUACAUUACAAUACUAGGCAGACGUUCUCUGACUGGGGUCCAUGAGCGAUAACCUGGAGCUCCGCAAAAUAAUUGACAAUAAAUUGUGUUCGAUCUAGAGGUAGCGGCACGCUGGACGACUGGUUCGCACAUCCGCCUCAUAGUUCUGACGACCUGGGUUCAAAUCCGGCCUCACCUGUGUGGAGUUUGCAUGUUUUCCCCUUGCCUGAGUUGGUUUUCUCCGGGGACUCCGGUUUCCUCCCACAUCCCCAAAACAUGCGUGGUUGGUUGAUUGAAGACUCUAUAAAUUGCCCGUAGGUGUGAAUGUGAGUGUGAAUGGUUGUUUGUUUAUAUGUGCUCUGCGAUUGGCUGGCGACCAGUUCAGCGUGUAUCCCGCCUCUCGCCCGAAGAUAGCUGGGAUCGGCUCCAGCACACCCGCAAGCCUAGAGAGGCUAAGCGGUACAGAAAAUGGAUGGAUGGAUCUAGAGGCGCAACAAUUAAUCGAUAACUAAUUGAUGAUCCAAUUAAUUAUUAUAUCUAUUUUGGUAAUCGAUUAAUUGUUUACAGACAUUGUUUUUGAGUGAAGAGAUGGGAUUAACAUUUUUUUUUAAAAUCCAAUUCAUUUAUUAAUUGAAAAAAAAAUUGACAGGUUAAUUCAUUAUUAAAAUAAUCAUUAGCUGCAGCCCUAAUUGGAUCAUUUAAAAAUAACGUAAGUGUACAAAUGUAAGACUCCAAUCCAACACAAUGCUGGUCACAAGCCUGGAUAAAUAGGGCAUCUGUCCUUAAAAACCUACGGCAAAUCAUCAUCCAAAAAACGGCUACCCUGCAUUCGGAAUAAGGUGAGAACAGAAUGACCAUUUUUUUUUUAAAAGUGCAUACUUAAAUACGUGCAUGCCAAUCAAACAAGCUAACCCAAUUACUCCUCCCACCCUUAGCUGAGCCAAUUAAAAGUUCUGAUGUGAUCGGACGAAUCACAUAAAUCCGACAUCGCUGCAUGAAUGCGGCAUUUCUGGCUUUCACACUGGUUUCUCAUGAAUAUUUGUACAGGUGAGGCAAGGCGACCUCAGCAAAAUAUUAGUGGAUUGGAGGCACACAAAAAAAAAUCCCUAGAAUGGUCAGAGAAGUCACCAAAUAUAGCUACCAAAUUGUUAAAUCAGCAACUGGGAUUUUAUACAAUAGUUUCUAUAUCCGCAGCCAUUUUGAUAGUGUAAUUCAACUGAAUUUGGUUGACUUCCUUUCUAUAAAACAAGUCGUCAAUAUUUAGGUUGAAAUGUUGAAAAAGAUAUAUUUCGCAUGGGAUUUAAGGGCUGUACAUGGUAGUUAUGUUUAAUUGGUGUAUUAUGAGGGAGUAGGGAAAGCAUUCUCCCCUGUAAGGGGUCACUGGACCUAAAAGGUUUGAGAACCCUUGUCCUUGUCCAUAAAAUGUCUGAAGUCCACCUAUGAUUUUGUUCAAACUUAGAUUUCCCCAUAAAAAAAGAAAACCUUUCUGCCUCUGCCUGAUUGUGCCUUAUUUGCCACUUGUAGAUGACAUCCUUUUUGUGCAUUGAACCCAAGUAAGCUCUGACCAGGUUUGUUUCUCGACCUUGCCUUUUGCCUCGGGUUUUCUAGGCACAACUCCCUUAUCUGUUUGCCCAGCCUGUUAAUAAACUGUU